GUCUGAGAUUCGGUUAUGAACAAUUGUUUCCAGCACGUUGCUAUUAUGAUAGCCCUGGCUGUCUAUACUUGAGGAGCAAUGGAUGCUCUGGCCCUUUCAGAGGCCAGCGUCCCCCAUGGGAACAAUGCAGCCAGCGAUAAUGGUGCUGAAGACACUCCCUCAACGCAGGGCGACAACAAAUUUCAGCGGGCCAUAGCUGCAUGGCGCAACAUCGAUCUCUCGUCGUUGAUGCCACAGCUGGACUCUACCGCCUCCGAAAUAGUGUCACAGCAAAGAGACGCUUUGCUUGAACGUAAAGAAUUGGCUCAGAAAACGAAGGAUUUCAGAAAGCUAGAAGACGCUGCAAAGUUGACAGAGUACAAAGCUUUGCUGAAGUCUUACCAGUCCUUCAUCGAUCUGAUAACUGGUCAUGGCAAGGCAUCUUCGUCUGCCUUUCUCCAACUAUACCAGCCUCUAUCCGAAGCGCCUGAUCCAUUUCCUCUACUCGAAGCAUCUGUUGACUCCCUUGUUGCGUCCGAGGAUACCGUCCCUAGACUUGCAACCGAGAACCAGCAACUGUUGGCCAGGGUGAAUAAGCUGAGUGCACAAUUAGAGGAGACGGAAAAGAAAUUGCAAGAUGAGAGCAAUUCCAGGCGAGAGGCAGAAGCGGGAUCGGGAAGCCGCGUACAAGAAAUUGAACAGAAAUGGGAGAAAGUCCUGGAAGAGAAGCAGAAUAACUGGACUUCGAGAGAACAAGCUCUGGAAGAGAAGGUCGAGAACCAGGACAGGCUAUUGAAGGAGUUGAAGGCGAACUACGAGGUUUCGCAGAGACUACAAGACGGCACAGCUGAGAGUGUUUCGUCUAAGGCUGCAUCCGCAGAGUUGGAAAUGGUGCAUUCAGAACUCGAGAAGACCAGUGCCCGUUUGGCCGAAGUCGAAGCCAGGAAUGAACAAUUGCGCCUAGAUCUUGCACGGGCAUCGCAGGAUGCAGCAAGACAUGAGAUCGAAGAAGAUCCGACGUACCUACGACUUCAAUCCGAGAACUCCUCCCUCCUGAGGAAGAUUGAAUCCGCUCGGUUUGAGAAAGAAACCGAGAAGCGGACAUGGGAAGAUAAACUCCGUCAAGCAGAGCGACAAAGAUCACAACUAUCAGGUGAGAACGAAGAACUACGGACCAAGAUCAACAAAUGGUCGGAUUACGACGACCUGAAGCGCGAGCUCGAUACCCUACGAUCUCUUGAGUUGUCAGUCGAGGACGAUGACAAUGCUGAUGAUGGACCCACGAAUGGAUGGGCCGAAGCUGGCAACAAACAAUCUCUUGAACAAUUGCUUCUAGCACGUAACAAGAAAUUAAGCAAUGAGCUAACCUUGCUUCGAGUAUCGCACCAAGAUUUACAACGUCAACUCGAGGAACAUCAAGAAGAACUCUCUCGAACGAAUGCAGAGCUAGAGAAGUCUCAAAAGCUCUCUUCAACCCUGGAAAAUGAUCUGUUAAGAAUACAGGAGGAAGCAGCGAAUGCACUUCCAUCUUCCGGUAUGUCGGUGGCUGGUACUUAUGUGUCACGGCAUCCAACCAGUUCUCUACGACGUGGAAGAGCAUCACCCACCUCGUCCAUUAUUUCGGGCUAUGAGAUGCAACCUCGGGGAAAUACUCUCGAAUCCUUGCGAGCAGGCGAACCUGUUGGAGGAGGCUCGGGUAUCUUGCCAAUGAUUCAAGCUCAACGAGACAGGUUCAAGCAAAAGAAUCAGCAGCUCGAAGAAGAGCUCUCCAACACAUACGCGACAGUCACUUCAUUGCGCCAAGAGGUCGCAUCGCUCCAGAAGGACAACCUCAAUCUGUACGAAAAGUCCAGAUACGUGUCGGCGUAUAGCCGUGGGCCUACCGCCACCUCCUCUGCUUCAUAUGGGGGAUCGCCGGGUCAUAUGUCCGUACAGAUAUCGGACGAUAGCACUUCAAAUCGAUGGAAGUCGCAGUACGAGGCCAAUAUCUCACCCUUUGCCGCCUUCCGAGGUCGGGAGGCCGCACGUGCCUAUAAACGCAUGAGCCUUCCUGAGCGGGUCAUCUUCUCUUUGACCAGGAUCGUCCUUGCCACCAGGACUUCGCGCAACCUCUUUGCCGCGUACUGCAUGGCACUCCAUCUCUUGGUUUUCUUGAUGCUAUAUUGGAUGGGCGCAGCCGAUGUUGACCGCACUGCUGUUCACCUCGGAGAAGCCGCGGUAGCAGCUGGUGGCGCUGCUCUCCGAGCUCCGGAUUCGAAUGCAGUCGAAUGGCAUCAGGAGGAAUUCGGUUGAUCCUCAUUCAGGGUACCUUGGUCUUGUCGCUUUUGCGAUAUGCAAAGUACCUGAUUCCAUGCCAGUUCACCUUUCUUGUCUGUUUCAUCCUGCCUCUAGUCUCUGCUUAACGUUAACCCGUGGGUUUGCGCAAGGGAAAGGGUCUACGCUAUGUAUCGGGGAAGAUAUGUGCUCGCCGCCCAACUCGUUGGCAGAGAAGCCAUGUUGCUUAGACGGACGGAGGAUUCUGCGCGCCGUCGCACCAUUCACCGAAUGGGAAUAGAAUAUCUUUGGCUCCUUUUCCAAGACGACGGCGAUGGUCCU